AUGCAAACAAGCAACAACAGCCCACUCGUACAGGUGACCGUCGGUAUUGUAGCAAAGGUUUCGUCCAGUCUACUUGUUAAAUUGCCAAUUUGUCCUCUUUUCACAGCCGCAUGCAUUCUUCAAUCUCACCAAGCCGAUCAUCAAUUGGCCAAGCAAAUUGGUGAUAAACAGUUGAAUACCAUUACAAUCCUGCAACAAAUUAAACAAGAUCAAGGAAUUUCCAGUUGGUUCAGAGGAUUUCCUGUUGAAUUAUUGAAAAAUAUCUUGACUGGCAUGUUUUCUCCAAUGUUAAUGAAGAUUUUCAAUAUAAUCCCAAAAUUUGAUCCAAGCACUGACUUGGGAAAGUACUAUUUGAGAAAUGUAGUUGGUGGAGCUUUGAUAGGAACUGCCAUGGAAGCUCUUACAAGACCAUUAGCCUAUGUCAGAUUUAAAUUGGCAUUUGACACAAUUGGCAAGAGACAAUAUUCAGGUCCAAUCGAUGUUUUAAAGAAGACUAUUGAAACCAAUGGUUAUUCUGCUCUAUUUGUUGGUCUUGACGCUUCCUUAAUCAAAUUAAUCGUAUACAGAUUUUCCUAUUUUGUCAUGUAUGACAUUUUGACAAGUGUCAAUCCAUAUCCAAACGACAUCAGGGCCAAAUUCCUAAUCGCCCAACUCAUUUCAUUUUCCAACUUUCUCAUCUGCUAUCCAUUGGAAACUGUCGAAAGAAAACUUCAAGUUCAAGCUGACAAGAAGGAAAAAACUUUUUCUGGAACUUUGGAUUGUUUCCAAAAAACUUAUAAGGAAGAAGGAAUUUCUGGAUUUUUCAGAGGAUGGAAGAUUAGUAUUGCUACCUCUUUGGCAAUUUCUGGAGGUUUCAUUUUGUACGAUUUGAUUACAAAUUAG